AUGUUCCAAGGUGUUGUUUCUAGUGCCAGGGCUAACGUAUAUGGAGAUCAAAAUGAGGCAGGACGCUUCGCCACAGCUGUUAUACGAGCGAAAAGGGCCUUCAGAAGUCGGAUUUCGGAACGACAAGGAACAAAAAAACACAACUUUAUACUUAGAUGCUUCACAUUUAAAGAGUGUGUAAAGUUUGUACCGGAUCCUACCAAACCUCCGCGUCCACAUGGGCACCUUCAAUGCUAUUGUGGAGAGCUGGACUACAAACAUUAUGACUAUGAGAACGUAAUCAAUAAGAAUGAUAAUACGUGGACAGAAUCGAAUGAUAUAAAAGUUAUUGGACCGACGAAUGCUUUUGGUCAAAUCGAAUUCUCUGAUUCGCCUAUUCAAAAACCCACAGAGUUUGUUCGAAUUUCGGAUGAAGAUAAACUUGAAGAUGUAAUGACACUAAUGAAAGAUUAUUGGAAAAUGAUGGAACCAGAAAAACCAAGUCUGUGUAUAUCCGUUAUUGGUGGUGCAAAGAGUUUUGUUCUUGAUGGACAUAAAAAAGAUGUUUUCUAUUCGGGUUUAGUUCAAGCUGCACUAAGUACCAAGGCAUGGAUUGUAACAUCUGGAUUAAAUUUGGGAAUUGUACGAAUGGUUGGCAAGGCAUUGCAAGAUCAAAAGUUUCAUUUUGAUGAAUGGAAACCAUCUGAAUCACUUAUUUGUCUUGGUAUUGCUCCUUGGGGUUAUGUGUUGAACCGACAAACACUUGUCGCUGAAAAUCAUAAUACACCUAUACGAUAUGAAAUUACAGAUUUUAUAACUCGUGAUUCUCCAGUUUCUUUAAAUCAAAAUCAUACACAUUAUAUAUUUGUUGAUGAAGGUAGACGUUUAAGAUAUGGUGGAAGUAAAUCAGCUGAAUUUCGAGCUAGACUAGAAAAGCAAAUUGCUCUCCCUGUUAAAAAGGGUGGUUUCGGUAUUCCUGUAGUGCUUGUAAUUGUUGAAGGUGGUCACGACGUUUUUAUUGAUGCUAAGAAUAGUCUUAAAGAACAUGUUCCCGUAGUGAUUUGUUCUGGUACUGGGCGAGCAGCUGACAUCCUAUCAUUAGCAUUCGAGUAUCGUUUAAGAAAUGAAACAUUCAAUGGAUUCUCAGAGAUGGAGUUGGCUGCAUUAAAAAAUAAACUACAAAAUAUUUCUGGUACUGCAUCGAAGGUUGAUUCUGCUAUAGAAAUGAUUGAAUUCAUUGUACAAAAUGAUAGACUAAUUACAACGUUUGAUAUGAAUCACUCCAAUGAUUUAGAUUUGGCUAUUCUAUACUCUCUAAUCAAAACAUCAUCUAAUAUAGACAAACAAUUAGAGUUAGCAUUCACCUGGAAACGUAGUGACAUUGCACGAGAUAUAAUAUUUCAACAAGGCAAUCAAUUUGAUCAAGUUACAUUGGAAUAUUUCAUGUUAGAAGCAUUAAAAAAGGAUGAACUUGAUUUUGUGAAAAUAUUUUUAUAUAAUGGUGUAUCAAUGAAUACAUUUCUUACUGUGGAUCGACUUAGUAUAUUAUAUAAUAAUUCAGUACAUCGUGAUGGAUUAAUCAAAUGUCUUCGCAAGCAUAAACUUCUUCAGUUGUCAACAAAUAUUAAUAAAAAUGAAAAUAGUUCUCCGAGUAUAGAUAAUUCAAACAAAAAAUUACGACUAGCUACUAUUAGUUUAUUGUUAGAUAAAAUGUUGGGAAGUUUUGACAAUUAUCUUUAUGAAACAGAUGCUGAUAGUCCAGACAAUCUGCCUAACGUAGUGAAUCGGUCAAGGUUUUCCUCGCCAUUUCAAGAAUUAUUUAUUUGGGCUGUGUUGCAUCAACGUCAAGAAAUGGCUUUAUACUUUUGGGAGCUUAGUGAAAAUGGUCUUAUUUUAGCAUUAAUAGGAUGUUGUCUUUAUUCGAAUAUGAUUAAAUCAUUGCCUUCAUAUGACACAGAAGCAAGAGCUUUAUAUGAAUCAUAUGUUAAAGAAUUUGAAGUGAUUGCAACUCGUUUACUAGAAAAAUGUUAUUCAACAAGUGAAGAGCUCACAUUAAAUCUAUUAGAUAGAGAAACAUAUAUAUGGGGUAGUUUCAAUUGUUUACGUUUAGCAGCUCAAUCAUUACGUCGAAAAUUUAUCAGUUCAACAGCAUGCCAAGAUUCAUUAUAUCGUGCAUGGCGUGGAGGAGUGCAUACCAAUGCAAUUGUAAUAUUAGCAACAUUAAUUUUUCCUUUCUUAUUAUUUUUCGAUUGCUUAUUUCGAUGGGAUAAUCGUCAUACAAUUACAAAGGAAUCACAAAACUUAGUCGAUUGCAAUAGUUCUUAUGAUCCUGAUAUUAAGAAUAAAAGGAACAAUUCUACUGAUUCAUGUUGUGGAUUAAUUUCUAAAUGCAAUACAAUAAAAUCAAGAAUUCAAAUAUUUUAUAAUGCUCCAAGAACCAAGUUCAUAUUUAAUGCACUUGUCUAUGUGAUAUUCCUGUUACACUUUUCAUACACUUUACUAUUUGAAACAAUACCAGAUAAAAUUUCAAUUCAUGAAUCUAUUGUUAUCGGGUAUUUUAUUGCGAAAUUGAUUGACAUGAUUCAACAGAUUUGUCAAUCUUGUGAUGGUAAAUUUGAACUAUUAUGCAAUCAGUGGUACGAUUUAUAUUGGAGUAAAUCUGAUGUAUGUUUAGUUUUUUUGGGUUUAUUUAGUGCGUCGUUACGCAUAGGCUUCAGUACGACAUUCAUCCUUGCUAAGUCAUUCUAUGUUAUAACAUUGGUUGGUUGUUAUUUAAAAGUCUACAGUCUCUAUUCACAUCAUCCACGUUUGGGUCCUAAAUUAGUUAUGGUUAGAAGUAUGCUAAUUGAAUUGCAAAUGUUUAUAUUCAUACUUGUCGUUGUGCUGGUUAGUUAUGGUGUAUCACAGCAAGUAUUACUUUAUCCCUAUCGUGCUAAUUUCUCAUGGAGAACCUUACGUGAUAUAUUUUAUUAUCCUUACUGGAAUUUAUAUGGUGAAAUUAUGUUAGAAUAUGCUUUUGCUGAAAAUGAAAGUUGUACAGCGACUGGUGUAUUGAAUUCGGAAUGUCCAAUGUCUAAUUAUUUAAGUCCAUUAUUUUUAGCUGUUUAUUUAAUGAUUGCUGGGAUUUUAUUAAUCAAUCUGUUAAUUGCAAUUUUCAGUAAUGUAUUUGAAAAAAUUGAAGAGAAUUCAAUUGAAUUAUGGAAAUUUAAUAUAUUUUCAAUAGUAUUGGAAUACAGUAAUAGACCAGUUCUACCGGUACCUUUUUCUAGUAUCACAGCUAUUAUCAAACUUAUAUUGUAUUGUUUACGUGUCAAAGUGAUUCAUUCAAAGAUUCGACAGUGUUGUAAAAAAACACCUUCAGCUGAUCAAGAUGAUGAAACAAGUUCAUUAACCAGUUCAAGUAAAGUUGUUAUCACCUACAAAGAAAACCUUAGAUUAAUUCCUGACUAUAUAACAAAUAGACCUAAGAAAAAUCUGAAUCAAUAUAAUAGUGUUGACAAUGAUGAAUGGCCUAAUCCUAGACAAUUAGAAAACUAUUGUAAGGGUGUGCUUAUCAGAAGGAAUCUAUUAAAACAAAGUGAAUAAUUUAUAUUUUCAAGAUAUAAUAAUAAUAAUAAUAAUACCAGAGAUUUAAAAGAAGGAGAGAAAUUAUACUAUCCUAUUCAAUUAUCACAAUCCAAAUAAUAACAAUAAUAAUAAUGACAGUAAUAAUGAGCAUUUCUUUCCUAAUUUGUUUGUAUAUGCAUUAAAAGUAACUGGAUUCUAAUGUAUUUUGCUUGUUUGUUUUUUCCAGAUAAUAAUCGUUCAGCA